AUGGAUACUCAAGGUAAAUUGGCUUGCAUCUACUCUGCUCUUUUGCUCCACGACGAUGGUAUCGCUAUCACUGCCGAAAAAAUCAAGACCGUCCUUGAUGCCGCUGAUGUCACUUACCAAGCUCACUGGCCAGGUUUGUACGCUCGUAUCCUCGCCAAGUCAAACGUAGAUGACCUCAUCUUCAACUUUGCCGCUGGUGCUGCCGCCGCUGCCCCAGUUGCCGCCGCCGCCGGUGCUGCUGCUCCAGCCGCCGCUGCUGCCAAGAAGGAAGCCCCAAAGAAGGAAGAGAAGAAGGAAGAGUCCGAUGACGAUAUGGGUAUGGGUCUCUUUGAUUAA